AUGGCCAUCGACAGAGUCCCCCGCGGCGACGUCCGUGCGACCCUUAACUUCUUCGCCGCGCCGGCAGACAACUCCGUUCCCUACAACAUCAUCCACCCCGAAGGAACCCCCGAAAGGAACUACGGCGACAGCCCCACUGAGACCGUCGUGCACGACAUCCGCGGCCGCGAGUCCGACUUCAACCUCGACCGCGACGCCUUCGCCGUGAUCCGCAACCUCCCGCCCUCUUCCGAGAAGGACUUCGUCGACGACGCGUCCGUCGAGAGGAACUACUACCCCGAGGUCGAGAAGCUCAUCCUGGAGCACGUCCCCGGCAGCAACCGCGUCCUGUUCUUCGACCACACCAUCCGCCGCACCGGCCCCAAGGCCCUCCGGAGCCCCGUCACCCGCGUGCACAUUGACCAGACCCCCGUCUCCGUCAUCCAGCGCAUCAGGAAACACCUGCCUGAUGAGGCGGACAAGCUGCUCGCCGGCCGCUAUCGCAUUAUCAACGUCUGGCAGCCGCUCAACAAAAACCCCGUCGAGUCUUUCCCGCUGGCGUUCGCGUCGUCCUCGACGCUGGCCGACGAGGACAUCGUCCCCGUAGAGCACCGCUACACUACCGGCUACACCGGCCAGACGGCGGCCAUCAAAUUCAACCCGGGACAAAAGUGGCACUACUUGAGCGGCAUGACGGGCGAUGAGCGGCUGCUACUUGAGUGUUUUGACAGCGAGGGCCUACGUGAUGGCACGGGCGUGGCGGGCGGGCGGGUGGCUCAUACCGCUUUUGAAGACCCGAGAAGCAGGGCCGAUGCCGAAGGUCGUGAAAGCAUCGAGGUUCGCGCCCUUGUCUUUGGCCCAUGA